GAGAUCAAUUCCUCCGUCGCUCUCCAUUUGAUCUCCCGCGACUCUUUAUUUUUUCAAGAAGUGACGAGAAUGCGUCUCGUGGUGGCUUUUAUGUCGGGUCUGCUGGCAGCGCUGUUGGAACCAGUCAAAUUCACCUGGCGACACCUUCUCGUCUGGCUGCAGGGCCUUAUAACAGCUGCUGAGAUUAAGUUUGCCCUGCAACAAAAAGAAGCGUUAUUUGCCACCGAAGUGGCUCCAAGGCCAGUAGUCCCUUCAUUGAAGGACAUACCUGGCCCCACUCCACUGCCCUUCUUUGGUACUGGAUGGAUCUUCAACCGAUUUUUUGGUCGAUUCCCACUAACAAAGGUUCAUGACGCUUACAAAACAAUGUUCAGAGAGUACGGCCCAAUAAUUAAAGAGGAAGCUUUGUGGAACUACCCUGUAUUGAGCAUCAGCACAGCUCAGGACAUUGAAAAAAUUAUAAAAAUACCCACGAAAAGUCCCAUUCGCCCACCAACAUCCAUAACCGCUUUCUACCGGACCGGCUUUCCCGAAAGAUACAACGACGGAGGAUUAAUCAACGAACAAGGUGAGAAAUGGCACCGCCUGCGCACGGCGCUGACCCACGACUUGACCAACACCCGCGUCGUCCAAGGCUUUGUUCCUGAAGUGAACAACAUGGCCCGGGACUUUUUGGCGUGCAUAGCCAAGUUGCGGAAUCCAAACAACGGUUUUGUGGAAAAUGUCAUCGAGCUGGACAGGAAACUGGGUUUCGAAAGUACGUGUUUGAUGAACCUGGGGUGUCGAGUUGGUUUUCUUGAGGAGGAAGUUAAUCAGCGGGCCCAGCGACUAUCCGACUUGACAAACGUACAUUUUGAAAUGGUCAACGAGUCUUACUAUGGCCUUGCUUUGUGGAAAUUUUUCCCAACAAGCACCUGGAAGAAAUUCUCAGAGGCGGAACACGAUUUAUAUGAGCUCAUUUGCGAGUAUUUGGAGCCGGUGAUUGAGGCUGCGGGCGAAAGCUGCCAGUUUGACGACGUGCAAAACAUUCUUCUCGGAAUCCUCAAACGAAGCGACCUCGAUGACAAAGACAAGAAGUCGGGUAUAAUAGACUUCAUCGCCUCUGGAAUGAACACUAUUGGCAACAGCAUCACAAUGAUGUUGUACUUGAUGGCCAAAAAUCCCGAGGCGCAGAGCAAAAUCUACGAGGAGAUACAAAGCCAGCUUGAGCCUGACGAGGAAAUCACUGCCAAGUUUCUGCACUCGGCAAAAUAUCUCAAAGCGUGCAUUCAAGAAUCUUUCAGGAUCCUACCUACUGCCACAUGCGUCGCUCGGAUUACUGAAAUCGACUUGAAUCUGAGUGGAUACCACGUUCCUGCAGGGUCUGUCGUUUUGAGUCACACAAGUGAGGCUUGCAGAAGUGAAGCCAACUUUGUCCGUCCUGACGAGUUCAUUCCAGAGAGAUGGAUUGCCUCAGAGGUCGAAAGAAAUCCAUCUCUCCAUGUAAAGUACCCCUUCCUGGUCAGCCCCUUUGGCUUCCAGAGGAGAAUGUGUCCGGGGAAGAAAUUCGCCGAGCAGGUGAUGCAGAUUGUUUUGGCGUCUGUAAUACGUCGUUACGAGUUGAGGUGCGAACGAGACCUGGAGCUCGAGUUUAAGUUCCUGUUGGCCCCAACUGGCCAAUUUUCUCUUCAGUUUAAAGAAAGGACGUAGUAUUUUUACCUUUAUUUUUAGUGUCCAAUAGUAUUUUACCUGACUUGGUUAAAAUUUAAACAUAUCAGAGGAUUUUCCCACUUUUAAAACUGCAUUGUCAAGAACACAACGUGUUGAUUUGAAAAUCUAAAAAAAAAUAUUUUCCUUAUGUUAAAAACUGAAUUGUUGUAUGUGAGGUGAAAGUAAAUUCAGUUGUGUUUGCAGAAUUUAGAUUGUUUGUGGUUUGCCAUAUUUUUUAUAAUUUUACAAACUUGAAAAUAAAUUUAUUAUAUUGCCUUAAAAUGAUACAAA